AUGCAACCCGGUACGUAUCUUCAGCAGGAGCGUCAUGGCAAGGUCGUGCAGCUCCUCCAGUUGGCGAGCUCUGAGCGUGAUGUGACACAGCGGGUGAAGCUCCUCUUGCAGUCUCAAGAAUUGCUUCUCAAGGCUGAUACCUAUCCCGAGACGGUUGCCACGUGCUUAGAGUUCUUCCUGAACCUUCAAGCGGAUCCCUCCGCGCCCCUCCGUCGCUUCGCCGCCUACUUCCUCGAGCGCUUGCUGCUGUCCAAGCCGAGCUUGUGCUUGCGCUGCACCUUGGCCAUUGCCGCUCUCCUGGCCGACAGCGACCUCCUGGUCAAGGAAUUGGCACUGAAAGCUGCAGCAGUUCAUCACAGCAGGGCUUUGCAUGCGAUUUCCAAGGAGCAAGAUCCCUCUGAAGGUCAGCAAUUGGCUGAGCAGUUGCGCCGCUUGCAGGAGAAGGCUCGGGUUCUCUUGUACUCGGACCAUCCAGUUCUAUUGGCAGCAGCCUCCGGAUGGGCUCAGAUGGUGAUCCUGUCGCAAACUCCAGCGCCGCUCCUGUGGCAUGUGCAACGGGUGCCGAUGGAGCUGCGGGGUGUGAGUUGCAUCCAAGAUUUACCUUCGCAUGUGACGAGGGGAUCUGCUUUCAUCGACACUGUGGUGCUUCAACAACAAGCAGAACAGCUCUAUGAGCUACUACUGCAGUUGCUGCAGCAAUCCAUUUCGGGGUACAAUGAUGCAGGAAAGGCCAAAGCUCCGUUUCUCAUGCGAGUGCUUGGAUCUGUGGCCAGACAACGCCCUGCCAUGCUGGCACCGGCAGUGGAUAUCUUCAAGAAGAUUCUGCAGCAGCGAAAAGAUGUCCUCGGAGAUCAGAGCUUUGCGGAGGUGCAGAACUUGGUGACGGAGGAGGUCCAGGUGCUCCUGGCGUCACAACUCACCUCCGAGUGGCAUCUGGAGCUCAUGGAGCUACUGGACUCCCUGCAGCGCAAAGGCUCGUUGGAGGACCUGACCACACAAGCCAAGAUCAAGCAGAUUUGCAGCGUCGAGGGUCCCGAAGCGGCCGACUCCGCUCGCGCCCAGAAGCGCGCGCGGAAGGCCGAGCCAAAGCAGGUGUGGACGUCUCCAGGAGAUGCAUUGUCAGCAGAAGCGAUCUACGAUGCAGAUGCGAUCCUCAGCGGAGAAGCUGAAGCCACCUGCAAGCGUCUCGAAGAAUAUUUUGGACUUCCCAGUCAACGGGAGCCUGCGGGUCAUGUACCUGCACCUGCCCUGCUGGCCACACGCAUCAACAGCCAGGCCGAGUUGGCUCGCAUCGCCCUGACCUCUCUGAGUUCCUUGUCGCUGCAGCGGAGCCUCCACCGCGACCGCGCCCACGAGUUCGCCGUCAGCUUCUCGGAGGGCGCGGGACUGGGCGCGGACGCGGCGGAGGAGGCGGAGGCGUCGGCGGACUUCGUGGCGCUGCUGAUGGAGGGCAAGCGAAAGGAGGAGAAGGACGCUCCGACCGCGGCUGAGGAGGAGAAAACCCGAGAUCCGCGAGCUGCGGCUGGGCAAGUGCUGGCAGAGGGGGCUUCGAAACGAGGUGAGGCCAUCAAGACACCGGAAGAAGAGAUUCACUUGCUGGAAAUGGAUGCCAGCAAACUUCAGCUUCCACGUGGGAAGGAUGUCCAGUCCUUAGCCCUUACUCCCGGCGUCUUUUUGUGCGCCAUGCCGGUUUGGAGGGAAGUCUCCGAUUCAGAGGUUGAGGUGGACCUGGAGAAGUUCCUUCUUACUCCUCUACAAGCCGACUAUGUGGGACGCGCAUCCUACUUUAGAGAUGCUGCUGGUUUGGAUGCAUUUCUUCAAACCUUCAAUGGACCCUUGGGCUAUGCUAGCGAUUGCAGCGGGUUGGAUGCGCCCUUAUUUGCCUUGCAGCAGCUUUUGGGGCCAAAGUGCAAGGUGAAGUACUUGUCUAACAGCGAAAUGGAUGCAACAGCUCGGCGCUUCCUCAAUGUGAACCACACGCCACCUAUGCAGACAACUGAAGACAUGUUCCAUCUUCGUUGUGGGCCUUUGAAGAAAAAGGUGGGAAUCUAUGCUGCAGGCUUCCCCUGCACGCCAUACUCCCUUCUGGGUGGGCGACUGUUAUUGGACGAUGCCAACGCAGCUCAGAUGUGGCAAGUUCUCCAUCACAUUCAACAAAUCAAACCUGCCGCAGCGUUGCUCGAGAACGUUGAGGGAUUCAAGUGUGUCAUCGAUACACUUCUGAGCGCGAUCCAAGAGAAGUUGAAACAGUACCAAGCACAUGUUGUGGAUCUUGAUCCGCAAAACUACGGAUGCCCCAUUGCAAGACCCAGGGUGUACAUUAUCCUGGUAAUGAAGUCCUUGCAAGACCUUUUGUUCCCACGAGACCACUGGUAUGUGCAGAAGAAUUUGAAGAAGUGCCCAGGAGUCCGAAACAAACACGCGGGACAGAAGAAACCGAUGAAACUAUUCAAAUGGCCACAGCUGCACCGUGAUUGGGCCAAAGAGAAACGGGUGAAUAUGAAGAAGGCUGCGAGGUCUUUUGCUUCCACCUUUCCGCACGCGGCGGAUCAAAUCACAUCGAAGCGGGAGUUGCAGGCAGCGGAGCUGGUGUUUGCCCACAAGGGAAAGUUUGAGGCCAUCAAUACGAGUCAAAGCAUCCAUCGGAUGCCUGCUGUUUAUGGGAACUCUCCGCUUAUGACACUGACGCCUGGUGGUACAUACCUCAUCGCGGACCAGCAGCGAUUUCUCACGGGAGCUGAAUGCCUGCUUCUUAUGGGCAUCCGCAUCAAUGAGUUGGAAUUGAACGACUUCUCUUCCAAAGACUUGAUGCGGUUGGGUGGCAACAGCAUGUCCGUCCAUGUGCUGUUCGUUGCCCUUGCAAUCGUGUUGCGGUCCCUGGACCCUGAGAAACUACAAGAAUACUUGGCUUGA